ACAAACAUACUGCGUCAAGAGGAACGCGAUUUUGGAUGAUCUGGUCUUUCACACAUUCAAACACACCUGCCUUCUGUGUCCUAGCGCCGUCGAUAUUGCUCGGGCUUAUACCUUGGCAUGUUUUCACGAUAAGAGUCGCAUCUUCAAGCUUCUAGAUUUCUCCUUUGACCACACGCCACAUUCCUUUCCCUAACACGGCGUGAAUCUCUACACCAGCAUGGCGGAAAAUGUCGAAAACUUCGUACUUGCUGCCAAUGGUAUUCUCAAAGAAGCUGGCAUCAACAUAACGCUCCAGGCAGUCCUCCUCACGACAGCGUCUUGUAUCGCUCCUCUGGUCUUUUUGCUUGUUCUCGCUGCCUUCAAAACACCAAAGCCACUACCUCCGCCAGCCGGCUGCAGGAAAAUCGGACUCCAAGGACGCAGUAAUCUGGAAGAUCAGUAUUCUAAGAGAUAUGCCAAGGGCGGUGACCCCACUCCAGAGAAGCCAUGGACGGUCAAGGCACUCUUCGUCUACCCCCUGAAGUCAGGUGCACCCGUCGAGUUAAGCAAGAGCGAAAUCGAUCGUACAGGGCUGAAAUAUGAUCGCCAGUUCACCCUCGCCCAGCAAGUCACGAGCUUGCCCACGCUAGACGGCAAGGUGACCAGUGAAUGGCACUUUAUGACGCAAAGGAAAUUCCCUCGUCUUGCCAAUGUCGAGACUGAGAUUUGGGUUCCGGAUCCUUCGGCAAGAGGCUACAAAGAAGACGGAGAAUGGGUCAAAAGUGAAGGAUGUCUGGUCAUUCGUUUCCCCUUUUCUCCCGACACCGACUUCACUAUCGAGGGUCUGAUCAACUACGGCAAAAUCAUGUUGGCAAGAUUGAGCCGAAAGUCGGAGCCAAUGCUGGAGUUCAGAGUUCCUUUCAAACCUGCGCCAGAGAGGAUCAAGAGUCAGGGCUAUCGGAACGAAGUUCUGCGCAUUUGGAAAGACAACCCGGUUGCACUCAAUGUUAGCCCAGAAGUCGAUCGCGAGGUGUUUGAGAAGCUGAGAUAUACCCUUGGUGCAGCGAAUCCAAUUGCACUCUUCAGAAUCGAUACAAAUGCGUUUCGGGAGGUACACAAAUGCGCGCCCAAAAAGGAGGAUGUCGGAUUUGAGACGGUCAUUGGAAUGCACGAUUCGUACCCGAUUCAUAUUUUGAACCUCGCCUCGGUCCACGACGUAGCAUCCAAGCUCCCCAAUCCCUCGUCCGAACUUCCAGGUAUCUGGCAAAGGCAUCUUACCCUGCUCGACGCUCUGCGAUUCCGCGCAAACAUCUACAUCACUGGACCUCCUGCCUUUGCCGAAGACGACUGGAAGAAGGCGCAAAUUACUUCAUCUGAUUCCACAUCCUCUAUGAACCUGCACAUCUCGUGUCGGACGACCAGGUGCAAGUUGCCUAACGUCGACCCGAAAACUGCUGUAGCCGAUAAGAACGAGCCACUGACUACCUUGAGGAGUUACAGGAUCAUCGACGAGGGGUCUAAGAAUGCGUGUCUGGGUAUGCAAGUCACACCGUUGGAUAUGGGAGCUGUCGCGGUGGGCGAUAAGAUUGACGUGUUGGAAAUUGGGAAGCAUCGAUUCGAAGGAGGGGAAGGAAAGAAGGUUGAUGGCUGAGCGACGUCGCAAGCUCAAACGAUGUAAACUGCGUAGACGUUUCCAAUUAUCUACUGCGGCGGAAGGAAUACUGCCCCUGUAAAAUAAAUACGAGAUCUUCUUGGUCUCAGAGGUCUAUUGGCUGUGUAACAACGCAUUUUCUCAU